AUGGCUGCUCCAUCCACCAGCGCCACGGUGGCUCUUCGCAGCAAGGGCAACGCCUUCUACGCCAGUGCUUUCACCGACGGCAUCGAUUCACUUCUCAAGCGCAGCCGCCUGAACAUCGCUCUCUCCAAGUACCGCGAAGCGUUGCGCCGCCACGUGGCAGAAUCUCAGCCGUCCGCUGAUGAGCUGUCAUCGCUGUGGAAGAACGUAGCUAUGGUUUCAUCUGCCAUGGCGGCUUGGCAUGCAGAUGCUUAUAAGGCGUACAAGCCUCCUGUGAUAGACGCUGCUGCAUCGGAACGGGUCAUGGUGAGAGCCAUGCGGCGAGCCAUCGAGGAAAAGGAGUGGGACUAUAAGCAAAUCGAGGAGCACUAUAAGGAGGCUGUGAAAGCGUUCUGCCUGGCCCUGCUUUUUGGCAGUUGCGAGAUACGGAAUAAAAGCAGUCGCCCCCCAAGCAGUGGCACCACCACUUGUGCCAGCCAUAGGGCGGCAAAGGGCAGCAGCAACCGUCCAGCUCGCAGCGCUCCAGCCAAACCGGAGGACUGGCAGCAGAAGGUUCUGGGAUCUUUCACCGAUGUGGUCUCCCAAAUCUUGGCGUUUUCCCGCGUUGCUAGUAGCAGCACGGGGGGCAGGGAGGGGGGCAUCUGCGCAUCUACAGCAGGUGCCGGUGUGCGGGACAAUGGAGAGCGGUUGCUGUGGGUGGUGAUGGGUGCGUUUGGUGAGAUGCGUGCACGGGACAGCUGGAAGCAGCACUUUGGUGAUAAGGACCCUGACAAAGUUGAUUGGACAGCAACCUCCACACGCCACGUGGAGGUCUUUGCAGCCUUCCACGUGGCAUUCUCUCAGUUCCUCCUGGACAAGGGCCAAUCACUGCUCACCAUCAACCUCGCCCGCUGCUCGCACUCCCCCCCACCAACCACUGCGGCCGGGAUCACGGCGGGGGUGAACGGUGUCAGUCUGGGAGCAGGGGGGAAGGGGCCGGCAAGGCUGGUGGUGCAGAGGGAGAGUGCACGGUGCUUUGCGGAGUGUGAGCGGCCGCUUAGACUGCUGGACGAUGCUCUGGGGACACUUGAGAGGAACGUGGCGGGCAGGUCGUGUGGUAACCAGUCGGUAACACAAGCCACCCUCUCUGCCCUGCGCAACGAAGCCAAGGACCUGCAGACUUCCCGCUUCGCCUGCAGCUGUCUGUGUGAGUCAGUUGAAACCCUCGUCCGCGCGAUGGGCCUCUGUGCACGAGCAACAGCAAAAGCAAAUGGGAGCAGGAUGGAUGACAGUCGUCUGGGCGACAAGCCUGCUGCUGAUGUGGCACUGCUGUGGGCGGCAGUGGAUGGGUUUAAGGAGGCGGUGGUGCUGACGAGGGAGCGCCACGUGGACAUGGAGGCGUACGCGCUGAGCUGGCUGGGGCAUGUGUAUGACGUGGCACUGCAGAUGGACGACAUUGGUCAUCGCUACCACCAACGCGCCGUGCAGCUUGUGCUUUCCGCAGUGCAAUCCCACCCCAGGCUCGCUCUCUCGCCCUGGUACUCAGCUUCCGUUCGAGCCAUCGACCGCCACCAGGCCAAGGUGCGGCGGCAGGAGGAGCAGCGGCGCGAGCAGGAGCGCGAACCCCUGCUAGCUAAGAUGAAACCAGAGCUUGAAACGCUCUCUAAGAAGAGUGACAACGGGUGGAAGGAGCUUCUCACUCACGUGUACAGCAAGUAUCCGCCCAAGAAUGGGAAUGGAAAUCACAAGUGCCCGUCGUUGAAUGUGGAUGAUGCCAAGGUGUCGCUAAGAACGGCCAUUCUGCACUACCAUCCGGAUAAGAACGGGGAGCACGGCAACAGGUGGAAGAUUGUGUGCGAGGAGGUGACCAAAUAUCUUAACGCUAAGUAUGCUGUCUUCACCUGUGCGUGA